AUGGCUUACUCGGAAUUGUCAUAUGCGGAGGUCUCGCAGGAUCCUGAUACGGAGCUGCAGAACCCGCGCCGCCAACGCAAGUCGCGCUUCCUCGGCGGCUACAGCGCAGGCGGACGACUCGGGUCCACUGCCAUUUUCUUCGUCACGGCCGCUCUGUCUGGAUUCAUCUUCUACCUCGUCUUCUCGACAUUCUUCCCUACACUACCACCGCCUCAUAUGCCCAAUUGGGAUGAGCAUGCGCCCGAAGGCGUUGAUGCGGCUGAGGCUGCUCCCAUAUCGUCCCCAAGUUCGGCCGCGUCACCAGCCCCGGAAACGUCUGGUGCACCCCCAUCGUAUGCCGGUGUAGAGCCGAUAGCGCCCGCUCUUGAUUACGACGAGAUGUCGGUCGAGGAACUCACCGCCAUGGUCGCGACGACCAAGGGUUACUUCGUGCGCGACUACAGUCUAGCCCUAGGAUGGAAUAAUAUGCGCUAUAUCAUCGAGGCAGCCCAUUUGAAGGCUACGCUCCUUAAUCGGACCCUCGUUCUUCCCUCAUUUGUCUAUGCUCGCGCAUGCGAGUACGAACUUGAUGCAUGCGCGGCGUACGCGCCUAUGAUCAAUAAAGGAGAAACACUGGGCUCAUCAGAGUGGGACGACCGACCGUACGAACAGCAGAUGGGCUUCCGGAUUCCGAUCCAGUACAUGCUCAAUGUGACACGACUACGCUCGUUACACCCUACCAUCACCGUGGCGCAAUACUUGACUAUGCACAACCUACCCGAGAAACUCGAGGCGAAGAAUGGCGCGUGGUUGCGCGAUUGGUAUCACGUCCAGGCAGCCGCACUUGACGAGGAUCAGUCACAUCUCCCCAGUCUAUACGUCAUCGAGAAUCAUUGGUACGACCCAUGGCAGACCACUCGCGUGGACAGGAUCCCGGACGACAUGAAGGCGCGUGGAGGCUGGACGGCCGAGGGCGGAGAUGCAUCGAUAGGCGAGCGCGGUCAUUGGAAGAACGUCGAACUCAGUGCCAUUGGGCAACACCUGAACGAGAGUCUGGACGACCGCUCCGUAGUGCUGAGCUGGGAGCGUGCCGUCGAGCUUCUUCGUGAGACCGACGCUCGAGAACAGUGGGAUCUGAAUACGGACGAAGGAGUUCAAGCCGCGCUCGAGGCGAACGGUUGGGAAGUCUUAUACACCUUCCAUGCCGUGCUGGGCAUGGAGUUCACGCGGACUGUCACCGAACCUGGCCGUCAGGUCGUUCUUCGCCAAUCCAUCCGCGGAUGGGUCGAUGAAUGGGCCGACCGCACCGAGGAUGUCGUACUCCUCGUUGGCGAAGUGCAUCUCUAUCGCAAACCGGGAACCAUGCGCUUUACAACGACCGCUGCCCGGUCCGAGUUCGAGAAUCGGGUGCUGCACUACGUGGUUCCUGUCGAUGCCAUGUACGCCCUUGCUGAGCAAUUGGCGAGCCGCAUGCGGGAGCUUGUAGGAGGCAGACUGUGGAUGGGUGCGCACAUGCGGCGCGGCGAUUUCGUCAACACCGGCUGGGUGAUGGAGAAAGACCCGCUGGACCACGUCAACCGUGUCAAGGACCGCCUUAGCCACGGCCGCGAGAUCCUCGAGGGACUGAAGGACAUCCACGCAUAUUCUGUCCCAGGCGUCGUGGCGAACUCUGAGCAACUGACGCUUGACCCGCCCAAGUCCGGAGACAAGUUCUACGUCGCGACAGAUGAGCGCGACCCUGAGGCGCUGAAGAUCAUCGCCGACAACGGCGCUGUCUUCCUUGACGACCUAUUAACCAUGGCUGACCGCCGCAAGUUCGGCUGGCCGCUCAUGAUCACGGACAUUCGCGCCGUCCUUGAACAGUCGCUGCUCGCACACUCAAACUACUUCUACGCUCACGCCAUGAGCUCCGUCGCCGGUGGUAUCGUCAACAUGCGAGCGGCAUUUGGUGCCGACCCGCGCACCGUCCUCAUAGACUGA